AUGGAUGAUUUUCUGUGGACCUCCAUCCGCUAUUAUUACUCCAGAUUCAAACUGGACUCGGACCAUGUGAAGCCAGCUCCCAGCACUCCAGUGGAGGAUGCCUUCGCAACAGUGCUGAGCCGCCUUGGCAUAUUUAUAGAGGAAGCCGCAACAGUGGAGGAGGAAUACCGGCGCAAGUGUGUGGAGACGCUGGAUGCUUUCCAACAGAAGCGACAUGUGGCGUUGAUGCAGCAGGCGGCAGAGACCUUUGCGGCAGUCUGUGACCUGGCCAAAGAAUUAUUGCCAAAGGUUCAACAGCAGGAGACUCUGCCGGCUGAAGUGCUGCAGAAAUUGAACGCGACGAUGAGCGCAUCUGAGUCACGCUACUCAGGUGCCGUAGUCACGUGUCUGAAACUGGGCAGUGGGACAUCCUGGGACCAGUCCCCAGAUCUCAAGCUCUUGGCCCAAUUGAAAAGAGAUCAAGAUGCGGAAGGAUGA